AUGGACUUCAAUCCCAAAUCACUUAUACCUCAACCGCUGGUGCGAUGCGUGGGUCGGCCUAAAAAACUGUUGGACAGGGAGUCCCGGAGUCGACGAGACGUGGCCAACAAUCACGAGCGGAAACGGAUGCAGAGUAUCAACGAUGGCAUACAGGCGUUGCGGCGGAUACUCAGACACAAAGACAUCGAAAAGUUAAGUAAAGCCACGGUUUUGCUGAGAAGUGCCGAAUAUGUCAUACAUUUGGAGUCCGAGCUCUCACUACUGGCCGAUGAAAACUAUCGGCUCAAGUGUCUCGUCAAACAGCUGUUCCACAAGAAUGUGUUCGGCGGCACUGGGAUGCCAUUCCCGCACCUCUUUUAUAGCCAAAAAAGUAUGUCUGAAAGUACUGAAAAGCUGAUCCCUAAUGACUAUAAUUCAGAUGAGAGUGAAAUGGAUGACAAUAAUGGUGUCGAUAAUAUAGCCAUGGAUUUGACUAAAUCUAUAAUGUCGAGCACUCACAUUGAAUUGGGUUUAUGUGGCCUACAAACUGAGCCCCGGAUCGCAGUCCACGUCCGGAAUGUUAACUUCAGUUACACUAAGAAUGCUAUAGUUUUGGAGCGAAUGAAUCUCAAAAUUGAGGAGGGCAAAAUAUUCGGACUUUUAGGCUCUAAUGGGAGCGGAAAGACCACAUUAUUGCGGCUAAUCUUAGGCCGCCUUAAACCCCAUUCCGGUCACGUGAGUAUAUUCGGUGAAAAGCCGGGCACAAAGUACUCGGACGUACCCGGCCCUGGGGUGGGGUAUAUGCCUCAAGAGGUGGCCCUCUAUUACGAGUUUACAAUCGCCGAAACCCUCACAUACUAUGGUCUCUUAAACCACAUGAGUGUCGAUGCCAUCAAUAAUCGCAUCAAUGUAUUGACCGAUUUGUUGAGUAUUCCCGACCGGACACGGGUUUUGUCUAAACUCAGUGGCGGUCAACAGAGACUGGUGUCGAUGGCGGUCACUAUGAUCCACAGCCCAAGACUUCUUAUACUGGAUGAGCCCACAGUUGGCGUCGACUCCCUUAUAAGGCAAAGGAUUUGGGCUUAUUUAGAGAAUAUAUCCAAAAAUGAUGGGGUAACCAUAAUAGUGACCACACAUUACAUCGAAGAGGCCAAGAGUUCGUCGUUUGUAGGCUUUGUGAGCAACGGCUACCUAUUAGCCCAGUCAUCACCGCAACAGCUUAUGGAUCAGUACCGGGUGAAGACACUGGAGGAGGUCUACUAUAAACUGGCAAUCAUUAGACGCCGUUCCCGUCGGAUGUCACUCAACCCAUUGCUGUUCAACGAGGAGAGG